AAUGUCACCUAGCAGUGUAGAAGAAUUAUACUUGGAGGAGCUGAGUGAUCAUAUUGAGGAUGCCAGUGUGGAAUGCCAGACAGAUGCAUUUCUGGACAAGCCAGCAACACCUAUCUUUAUUCCUGCUAAAUCUGGCAAAGACGCAGCGACACAGAUUGAAGAUGGAGAGCUGUUUGACUUUGAUCUGGAGGUUGAGCCAGUGUUGCAGGUGUUGGUAGGAAAGACCAUGGAGCAAGCUUUGCUAGAAGUACUGGAGGAAGAAGAGCUGGCUGGGUUGAGGGCUCAACAGCUUGCCUUCCAGGAGUUGCGUAAUGCUGAAUUGGUGGAAGUUCAACGACUGGAGGAGCAGGAGAGGCGCCACAAAGAGGAGAAGGCCCGGAGGAUUAAGCAGCAAAGGAUGGUGUUGAAGAAAGAAAGAGAAACAGCUGAGAAAAUUGCUGCUAGAACAUUCACCCAGCAUUAUCUUGCUGACCUGCUUCCCGCAGUCUAUUCAAAACUGAGAGACAAUGGAUAUUUCUAUGACCCAGUGCAGAGAGAUAUAGAAACUGGAUUCCUUCCCUGGCUGGUGGCAGAAGUCAACAACAUUCUGGAAAAGCAACAAGUUACAAGAACAGUGCUUGACAUGCUCAUCCAAGAUGUAGCAGCCCUUCAGCAUCAAACAAAGGAGGCAGAGAGUUUUUGA